AUGGUUCCUCCCACUCCCACGUUAGGUCAGCCCGUCGAAAACCAGGAGAAGACGACCACUGCUGCCACAAUUUCCGACGACCUCCAAUCCGCUCGGCAAUAUCGACAAACACAGGAAUAUCCAAGCCCGUCAGAUCUACUGGCGCGCAAGAACAAGACGCGACAAAUUGUUCCGGGGCGCUGGGAAUGCAGCAUCACGCAAUACCCUGCAGCGGGCGGCAGAAAUGGGCACCCUUGGGACAAUCCUCCGGCGCUCUUACCUAGACAGUACGUAAACGGCGAGACUCAGGGAUCAGACCUGUCCGUAUGCCGUAUCUUAUACGCCGACGGCCUCAAUGAUCUCACGACACUUUUGUGCAAUAACCGAAAUAAUGUGAACGUGUCUUUGUCAUUAUGCCAAUCCUCCGCGGCGUCACUCAUUUUGACGCGGCAGAGCCGUAAAGCCAUCUUCCAGGAGUAA